AUAUUUUGAAAUACGAAUUGUCUACAACAUCAGGUUGCAAAAAGAUCAGCUGUUUAGAAAACUAGAAUUUAUUGUUCAGUUCCUUUAUUUAGAUGUUUGUUAUUUAAUGUUUCAGAAAGAUGCAGACUCCCGGCAAAAGUAAAACCCAAUUAAUUGGCCGACCAAACAAAUUUGAUGUUUUUAGUGCAAUUGAGGAGAAAGAUCGAUCAAAGAUAUCAACUCUAGUGAUGCGUGAGGAUGUGAGUUUAGGAAUGGUGUCUUCAGAGAACGGGAGAUCGUUACUGUACUGCUUAAUGGAGAAAGUGUGUAAUGGGGACAAAAUUAUUCUAAGAAAACUAGAUUCUUGUUUAGUAACUUCAAAUCAGGAUCCUGAUUCAGACGAUUUCUAUAUCCAGGUCGAUCUUACAAAACUAGUCGGGGAGGAGGAGAGAAGGGAUCCAGUUCUUAUUCGGGAUAUUCUCAAGUUACCACGUAGAGUCAGUAGACGAAUUCUCAACCAUCCUGUUAUUGUGACAUACAUACAACAAAGAUGGGACAGAACACGUUGGUCCUUCCUUGUAUCAUUUCUCAUUUAUACCUCCUUUGUUUUAUUCUUCUCAUUCUUCCUGGGGAUGAUGUACUGGAGAUAUGAUCAUAACCAGACAAGAGUUGAAGUAAAACUAUCUACAGAUUGCCAGUUCAGUCCUGUAGUAUUUGAAGAUCAGAAUAACGGCGGAAAAAAUGGAAUUCAAACUAGAUUUGAUUCCACAGCUAUAACAUUUUCAGAAGAUGAUCAGAACUUUGAUGUAAAAGUUGAAAUUGUCAAGCAACCAAAAAACAGAAGUGAGACGAGAGCACUAAAAAAGUUGGGAUUGUUCAGUGGAUGUUCUCAAAGACGUUUUUAUCGUGAUGUAUCAAUGUGUACAGUAGAAAUUCUUCUAGUGUUUACAAUAUUUCUUUUAGUGAUUCAAGAACUGUGGCAAAUAGUUGCACAAAGAAGAGAAUAUUUUAAGGAACUGGAAAACUGGUUUGAAUUAGUUAUAAUAAUAUUUGCAAUAAGCACUAUUUGUCUAAAGCAAGAUCUGGAUACACUAAAGAUUAUAUCAGCAGUAGGAAUCUGUUUGGCCUGGUUACAGCUUAUAUUUCUUUUUGGACGAUAUCCAUUUCUAGGCGGAAAGUUUAGUAUCAUGUAUUACACUGUUACCAAGAGAAUCAGUAAAACAGCGCUAGGAUUUUUUGUCAUGCUUUUCGGCUUUAGUUUCGCAUUUUUUAUCAUGAAUUCUGGGAUUGAGACAGAAUCCUUUGGAAACAUUUUCCAGACUUUUCUUAAGAUAUUGGUGAUGCUUCUAGGAGAGUUUGAGUUCAACGACCUGUACGCGAAUUCUUCUAAAUCUGGUAAUCUGGCGCUAACAUUUACUAUGUUUCUUCUUCUGGGACUUAUAGUGUUUGGAACCAUUAUAAUGCUUAAUCUGAUCGUAGCGAUCAUUAUCACAGAUAUAGACUGGCUGCAUCAGAUGUCUCAGGAGCAAGGACUAAGAAACCAGGCUCUUCAUGUUCUUCAAAUACAUUCUCUUCUCUCUAUCUCAGAUUGUUUAAAAAACAAGAUUUCCAGACAAACAUCCAGAUCUAGCUUGCUGCCUGAGUUCUGCUCCCAUAAUGUAUGUUCCUGCUCUAAAUCUAUUGUUUAGAUCUAGGUUGCUGCUCUAGUUCUGCUCUCAUAAUGUAUGUUCCUGUUCUAAACCUAAUGUUUAGAUCUAGCUUGCUGCUGGAGUUCUGCUCCCAUAAUGUAUGUUCCUGUUCUAAACCUAAUGUUUAGAUCUAGCUUGCUGCUGGAGUUCUGCUCCCAUAAUGUAUGUUCCUGUUCUAAACCUAAGCUACCCUUGGAUAUUAAACAAUCUGUUGGAGAAAUUCUUAAUUUGCA